CAGCCAUCAUUUAAAUACCUACUAGAGAAUUGAAUAAUUUUUUAUAGUGAUUGUUUGGUCGUUUUCGGGGAAAAAUCAAUUAUGGAUCUGGAUCAUGAACAUUGUGUGCCCUAUCCGAUACCCGAUUCGGACUAUUUAGCUGGAGCGCGCCGUUCAAUUCAAGAGAAUAUCAAAACCCGUUUCCUUAGAAUUAGCGUGAAAAGUCUACAAAAUGACAAGGAAUUUGAGGCGAGUCAUGAAAAGAGUUUUGGCUUAGAUAAUCCACACAAGUAUAUAAAAGAUCCAAAUGCUCCUCCAGAUAAAGGCAAGUUUGUUCUUGUCACAAUAUUCCUAUUUGGACUCGUACACGUAUUACCCUUUGCCUUUUUCAUGACUGCCAACGAGUACUGGAUGUACAAAUUCCGUAACGUCAGCUCCGAAAGUACAGAUGCAAAUGAUAGAACCACUAUGCAGAAAUACUUUUCGUCUUUGACUUUUUUAAUCAUCACGACACCUGGCUUGGUUUGUACAUUUUUGGCAGCACUUGUAGGACACAAGAUCAAACCAGAAACGCGAAUAUUUUCUGUUUUGUCUAUACAUUCAGCCAUCUUUAUUUUUCAAUCGAUUUUCGCUAACAUUAAUACUGACGAGUGGCAAGGGAUUUUUUUCGGAAUAUCUUUAGGAAGCGCACUGAUAAUGUCCUGUGCAUUGUCAUUUGGCAGCUCUGGGUCAAUGGGUCUAAUCUCUAAGCUUCCGCCCAAUUACAUGAAAGCUCAACUAUUAGGAGAAGGUGUAGCACAUGUAUUUUCCGCCGCGCUACGUUUACUCACGAUCUUCAUUUCUCCAUCAGCCACAGGCUCGGCUUUAUUGUACUUCAUCACAGGCAGUUGUUUGAUGAUAGGGAUGACUAUCGUGUUAUUUUGUGCUACGAAAACUGAAUUUUUCAGGUAUCACACACGUAGUGCCAAAGACGACACCAAACAACAAAUGAAAAACUACGGUGACAUUAAAGAUGUGACAAUGAAAAUAUGGCCUUUGUUGUUUCCGACACUUAUUGAUUUGCUUAUACCAGUGGGUUCAAUAACCGCUCUAGUAGUAUCCGAGUAUUAUGGUACUGACAGCGUUUGGGGAAAUACUUAUUUCGUAACGGUUUGCACUUUCCUAAUACCUGCCUUAUGCAGCUUAUUGGGACGAGCCAUAUUCAACGGGUUUGACCUUGAUCUGCCAGUGUUAGUUAUCUAUUUACUGUCAAUAUUAAGAGCUGGAACAAUAGGAAUCCUUUUCUUCUUCACAAACGCGAAACCUAGACACCAUUUGCCGGUGCUGUUGACCCACGACUGGGAAUAUGCACUUCUGAUUGGAUUGAAGUUUUUCUCCGAUGGAUUUUUGAUGAAUUUGACUAGCAUCAAGAUUAUGAAAGCGGUGCCGCCUGAUCGUAUAGAGCUAGCCAUGAUGAUAUCCAUGUUUUGUUUUGGAGGAUAUGCGACUCUAACGUCUCCUCUUGGCGUUGCAGCUGUCAGUGUGCUCUAAUGAUCAACUCUAUAUUUAUUUGGAAAAGCUAAUGCGACACAAAUAUUUGCUUUCCUUGAAUCAAGCGAUGCGAUAGGCACAAUAAUAAUUAUUAUUAUUGUUGCAAGUUUGAGGUGAAUCUAGAAACGUAUUUUCUAAGUAAAAAUGAUUGUUGUUGGUAACUUUGUCACUCUCAAUUUUUGUUAUUUUCUUUUAACUCAGCCUGUGGCUGAGAAAAAUAUUAAUUAUUAUAUAAUUAGGUAUACGACACUGUGAUAAGA